AUGAAUUCGACGAUUCCGCCACCCCCGAUUUACGCGGUGCGCCCGAAGGGCCUCGUUCCGGGAAUGAGUGACGAGCUGCUCGCGCUCAUCGCGCCCGUUGUGGGCUACUGGGUCUUCUGCAGCAUGUUCCACUACUUUGACACCCACAACCUGUUUGAACAGUACCGCAUCCACACGCCGGAAGAGCUGGAGAAGAAAAAUAAGGCCACCAUGGGCCAGGUCAUUCGUGCUGUUAUCUCCGAGCAAACCGUGCAAUUCUUUGCUGGGUUGGUGGUCAACUAUUUCGAAUCGCCGUACACGACAGGACACGAGGAAUACGAGGUCUGGAAGCUGGCCACGAACUACAACAUCCCGCACAACGUGGCCUACUAUCUGUACUGGGCCGUCUUCCCUUUCUUCCGCCUAAUUGCCGCCUUUUUUGUAUUGGAUACUUGGCAGUACGCCUUGCACCGCUACAUGCACACAAACAUGUGGUGCUAUCGCAAGUUCCACUCUGUACAUCACCGUUUGUACGUGCCCUACGCGUUUGGGGCUCUCUACAACUCGCUGAUCGAAGGUUUCUUGCUAGACACUCUGAGUGCCGCCGUCGCUGGCUUCGUCACAGGCAUGUCUCCUCGCGAGCUGGUGUUCAUGUACACGUUCUCGACCCUUAAAACUGUUGACGACCACUGCGGCUACGAGCUCCCCUGGGACCCUUUGCAAAUCAUUUUCCCCAACCGGGCCACCUAUCACGACAUUCACCACCAGCACUUUGGCAUCAAGACCAACUUCAGCCAGCCGUUCUUUGUGCAUUGGGACACGCUACUUGGCUCAAAGUACGCGAAAACUGAAGAGUACAUCGAGGCCAACAAGCGCAAGCGCCUCGAGAACCUGAAAACUAAAGCCAAAGCUGAGUAA